AUGUCCGCUGCGAAGCAGGCCGCGCGCCCGCUGCAGACGUGCAUUCGCUGCUCACGGACGCCCGUGUCGCUGCAGUCCCGGACCUUCACCAGCAGCGCCCCAGCCGCCGACGAGGCCCAGGUCCAGAAGCCGCAGCAGUCAUCCGCGCCGGCCCCCUCGUCCACCGAUGCCGCGAGCCUCGAUCCGAACACCGUCGUUACGCGCCGUGAGGAGAAGAAGCUGAUCAAGUCGGGCGUCUACCCCAUCGGCUCUCGGAGACGUCGCGCGGCGCUGGCGCAGUCGCAGAACAUUCCAUUCGAGCAGCUCCCGUACCAAUGCUUUCAGGAGGCGCGGAAGGUGCUCAAGGCGGAUCGGGCGGAAAAGGUAGCGGCGAUUGAGGAACAGCUCGCGCGGCUGGCUCGCUUGCGGGCGCAGGACCCGGCCGUGUCGGGCGGCGAGAAGGAGAAGAAUGUGCGGUUGAUGAGCAUGCAGAACCGUUUGGAGAAGCUGAAGAUCCUGGCCGAUAUCAACGAUCCGCUCGUUAAGAAGAACUUUGAAGAUGGGAAAGGCAAUAUGCUCAAACCCGUCUACCGUUACCUGGCGGAGAGGAAAUGGCGCGAGUACAAGAGGCUGCUCGUCGAGCAGCGCAUCACCACGAUGCAUAUCAUCCCCGACGUUCUUCCCGCUAUGGAGCAGAAGGCCGACGUCAGCAUAAUGUUUGGGGAUCGCAAAGUCCAGCCCGGCGACUUUGUCGCUUCCAAAACUAGCGAGAUCCCGCUCACCCUCAGAGUGCAAGUGUUCGACAAGGGUGAGAGGCUGGUGUCGAUUGUGGUCGUAGACUCGGACGUACCGAACAUGGAGAAGGACGGCUUCGACUACCGCUGCCACUACAUUGCCGCAAACAUUCCGAUUUCUCCUGUGAAGGGAUGGGUUCGACUUGGGAACUUGUCGGCAGACUCUCAGGUUGCGCUUCCCUGGCUCCCACCGUUUGCCCAGAAGGGCAGCCCUUAUCACAGGUACUCUGUCUUCAUCCUCGAGCAACCCGAGGGCAAGACGUUGGACAUUGCAAAUGUCAAGGCUCAAGUCAAGCGGGAUGGAUUCAUUCUGCGUGGCUUCAUCGAUAAGCACCAUCUGACGCCUGUGGGUAUCAACAUGUUUAGAGCGGAGUGGGAUGAGAACACGGACGAAGUGAUGGAGAGAGCCGGCAUCGAGGGAGCGGACAUCGAGUACAAGAGGAACAAACCGGAGAAGCUGCCGUACAAGAAGAAGGACGGCGCUCGGUAUAGGUGA